UGACUUGUUUGUCCAUUCAGGUAAGAAUCAGAAGGAUAAAGCAGAUGUCCCAGAUAAUGAUCAAAUUUAUCUGGAUAAAUGUUCAUGUGUGUUUUUAUUUUCGUUAAAUUAGUUCAUAUUUCUAACCACUAGAUGGCGAGAACACAACUUCGUGCUUUAAAUCGAAACCAAUGCAGAAAAUAAAAAUAAUAGGUUAAAUUAAUGACCAGCAGGGGGCACCAAUGCGCCAUUUUUGCAGCGUCUGGUCAGUUUUGCGGGUAGAAGAAGAAUUGUCCUUUAUUGUUUAGUUGAAAGCGAAUGAGCUGCUUUUUGCAUCAUAUUUAGAAUAAUCUCUCAUAGUUUCUUAGCCUCACUACCAGUCAUACAUUGUAUUUAAGUAUUGUAUUUAGUGUUGUAAAAAAAAAUGGCGUUUGCGGUGCCGGUGUGGCUCGCUGUCCAAGAGGAGCUCUUCGGGAUCGGCGAGUCAGAGGGACCUGGUGGUUCUGCUGUUCCGAGUUGUUUCGACGGUUUCACCGACGAGGAAUUGUUCAAGAUAUUCCACCUCACCAGACCCUGCCUUGACUUCAUCACAGAGGCCGUCCAGGACCGCAUGAAGACGGCCAACGUCAAGCGAGCCGUACCGACCGUGGACGUGAUGGUCAUGCUGGCGCUGAACUUUUACGCACAGGGGCUGUUCUCUCCUGCCGUCGCGUCGAAAGCAUGGACGAGCCAUUCUGUCAGCCUCACCACCGUGAUGAACACGAUGUCCGGGGUCAUCGCGGGGAUGUCCGACGUUUUCAUCUCGUUCCCCCUCACCCCGGAAGCCCGGAGCAGAACCGCAUCCAAGACGGAGGAGCUCUGCGGGAUCCCCAACGUGCUGGGCGUCCUGGCUCCGGCGCACUUCAAGAUCAGAGCCUCCCCCUACGAGAAGACCACCUUCAAGUCCUUUAUCAACACGCUCGGGUACACGUCGAUCGUGAGCCAGGUGAUCUGCGACUCGGUGGGUAACAUCCUGAGUGUGGAGAAGUGCUGCGUGGGCAGCACGCACGAACAGGAAAUGUGGGACACCUCGUUCAAAGGGAAGCAAGUGGAGGAUGGUGUGCAUGGCCCGUUUUGGCUGAUUGGUGGGAAAAGUUACCGCUUAAGCAAACACGUCUUGACUCCCGUGGCRGCGCCUGCAAACGACAGCGAGAUCCGCUUCAACAAAGCCCACGCAAAGAUCCACGAAGUCAUGCAGACGACGCUCAGCUCCAUGAAGAGGCGGUUCAGGUGUCUCCUGCAACUUGGGUUUGUCGAUGACGGCAUUUUGAACAAAAAGUCCAACAUUAUCAAGGCGUGCAGCGUGCUGCACAACAUCGCCCAAAAGUUUUCCAUUCCUCUUCCACCUGCAACUGUCGCAACGGAGUCUCCAUAUCCAGGCAAGCAGAAUGCAGCUUGCGGAGAGUUUGCCACUGAAGGCCUAAAAGCCAGACAAGAACUUAUUGAAAAKAACUUUUUUGCUCCUUCCAAAAUCUGAACGCAGCAGAAUACAACAUUUCAAAAGAUGUUUUAAAAGACUGGUUAUGUUCUAUGAAGUAGAAGAGGCGACAUGAACAAGUAGUGGACGCUCAGCCUAAACUGCAAAAUUUACUGCAUUUUUUUUCUUUUUAAUUAGAAACUUUUAAAUACUAAACAAUACAUUGUAUGUAUAAAUUAGUUUUCUUUUUACUUCAACAGUUUUUAUAAUACUAAUAAAAUUUUACACAAUCUGA